AUGAAUGAAACAGCUCUUCUAUUUGUAGGGAUAGCGAUUAUUAUAAUCUUCGAGAUCUAAGUGCCUAUUAUGAAUUUAUAUUAAUUUAUAUUGUCAUAUCUAAAGUAUAUUUUUUCUUAAUUUCCUUUUAAUUUAAAACAAUUUUCCGAUUGCUUUGAAUUUUUACUAAUGAAUUUCAUUGUUAAAUAUUUCAAAUCUUAUGACCUUUUUAAUUUAUCUAUGAUUAAUGAAAACUUUAAUAAUAAUCCACUCAAAGUUAAAUAAGAUGAUUUAACAUCUCAAUAUAUAAUAAACAGCACAUCUGUAAUUUUCAUUUGGCUUAGUUUAAUUCUGAUAUACAUUGCUUCAAAAAAGAUUACAAAUUAUUUACACCAACUUGAUUUCAAAUACUAAUGA